CCGACACCGUGAGUUCGAUCCCCGCAUACGCAUACGAUUGUGAGAAUGUGUGUGACCGGAAAAAAAAAAAAGAGGCUCAUUUCACUCUCCAAAAAUUAUUUUCUAUCGAAAGGUCUCGACCGGAAAUGGUUGUGUGCAGCGGGCAGCAACGUUCCGUGGUUGCUGACGAGUGCUGACCGGGCUGCUAGCUUGACGCUUUACGAUGCAGCAGCGUGAAGAGAAGCAGCUGGAAGCGUCGCUGGAGUCGCUCAUCACGCAGGUGGCGCAUGUAAAAAACGCCCUGCACUCUUUCAUCUUCAAGCUGGAGAAUGAGUAUGAGCGACUCACCUGGCCAUCAGUGCUGGACAACUUUGCUCUGCUGUCGGGCCAGCUGAACACCAUCAACAAGCUGCUAAAGAACGAGAAGACGCCGUCUUUCCGCAACCAGCUCAUUAUCCCGCUGCUGCUCUCUCAAGACCGCGACGACGACUUGGCGAAAGUGACAGAGCACCGCGUGCCCGUCUUCAGCCACGAGAUCGUCCCCGACUAUCUGCGUACUAAACCCGACCCUGAAGUGGAGGAGCAGGAGAAGCAGCUCAGCGUGGAGGCGGCACGUGUCGGGCCCGAAGUGGCGCAGAAACAAAUCCAGACUUUAAACAAGUUGUGUUCCAACCUGCUGGAGAAGCUCAGCAACCCGAGAGAUGAGCGGGAAGCAGAAAGCGCCGCGCUCCGCCAGAACAAAUGUUGGUUCAACCCGGCCGACACCAGCGCACUGGUGGGGGCAGUGGCCUUUGGCAAGGGUUUGUCCAAGUGCCGACCCCCCGGCGGCGUGGCGGCUGCGGGCCCGCCUGGUGUCAUGAUGUCGGGCGGUCCUCCCAACUUGCAGCAGGUCACUAUCGGGAGUGCCAGCCAGCUGGGAGCACCCCCACAGCAGCAAGGCCAGCCGGGCAAGAUGCCGGGCAUCAAGACUAACAUCAAGUCAGCUUCAGCCUCCAUGCAUCCUUACAACAGAUGAAGCUCCGUCCAUCUACCUGUCCGUAUGUCAUCUCUCCCUGGCGUACGCCACCACGUGGCGCUGCGUCAAGACUCGUGCUUCAUUAAAUGAGGACAAAAGUCGUCUUA